AUGCGCUCUCUUCCCCUUCUUGUGGCCGUGGUUGUGGUCACACAGGUGGCCUCGCAGCCGCAGGGCUCGUCAUGGCGGAAGCCGAAUAUAACCACUUCGCUCGAGGACCGCGUUCUGCUCGCCCAAGGGGCCAUCUCGCAGGCCAUCUCAGAGCUGGACAGCACAACCUCGAUGUUUCCCGAUCCCGUGGACACCUAUGGUUUUUCUGGCGCUCUUUACUCCCUGCUCGCCGAGUUCGACCAGCUCACGAACCGGUCGCGGUAUGCUGUCGAUCUGGUGGGGUACUUUGGCUCGGCGAGCGCGGUGACGGCGGCAAACUUCUCGGGCCUUUAUGUGCUCAAUAAUGGCCUGAACUUCGGACACGGAGCUGUCGUCGCAUAUAAGGCGUAUAACAACUCGUUGUUCCUCCAAUUCGCUGUUCAAGCAUGGUCGGCCGCAGUGCCCUACACACUCACACAGGCGGCGCUCGAUGCAGGCAAGACAUCGAACAAGAAUUUCACUUUGAGCCAUGACUGUCAAGGGGUUAGCAUGGCGGGCGGAACAUUCUGGAGCACGGACCCUGCCGAUCCUCAGCUGGUUGUUCUCGCAACAGGCAGUUUCUUCGUCCUUUCUGCUUUGUUGGCAGAAGCGACCGCGGACCCGAAGUAUCUGUUUGCGGCAGUCCAGGCCGUGUCUUUCAUUCGUUCCCACCUGUACAGCCAUGGGGACGUCGUGCUCGACGGGCUAUCGGCGAAUGUCAAUGACAAGUGUGCGUUAAACACUGCGGGCCGCCUGCCCUAUAAUUCUGGCGUCGUUAUCGAAGGACUGGCCGUGCUGUACUCGAUUUCACGCAACACCACCUAUCGCGACAUGCUUGAUGAACUUAUCACUGCCUCGCUCGCGACGACCGCCUGGCAAAAUGAUACGGGAAUCAUCCAGUGGGGACCUACCAAAAACGGCGACGGAUCGGUUCCUCGUGGGCUGGUGGCCGCGCACCUGCGUAACGCGAUGAGCCCGUCCUUGACGCCGUCCGUUCUCGCAUAUCUCGCUGUUCAGUAUAACGCUGUCGCCGACCUGGCGAAGCAGAGUGGCGGCGAUAUAUACGGAGCCUCGUGGAUUGGGCCUCCGGGUACCACGUUUGACGUGGGUUCCCAAAUUAACGCCAUCCAGGCGUUGAUCAGCUCGCUCGCUCUCAACGACACUGCUUCGAGCUCGACCUCGUUCUUGUUCUCGCUCGCACCCGCACCAACAGUAACGAGCUCUGUCUCCCCCCGGGCCCGUCCAUCCUCGGAGAAAGCAAAGCAGGCUAUCGGCGGCAUUGUCGGUAUGGUUCUCGGCGCGCUCGUCGUUCUGGCCUUGAUUGGCGCGCUGCUACUGUGCUGGAGUCGGAAAAGGAGAUAUAGUCGGCUGAUGACACCGUUCGUUGAGGCGCCGAGUUCCGCUCUUGAUAUGAGAGAUUGGCACCAGCGUUUCGAUUCUUUAGGACCCCCCGGGCAGGGCCCCACCCCCCACAACUCCAAGCGACGGGGCGGCAUGGCACAAGACCGCAAUUUCCCCGUGAAGAGGGCCCCCAGCAGCAACUCGUGGGCAGUUCCGCCACCGACCCUGGCACAGGUCAACGGCGCGGGACGGCAAGCAGCAGCGCUAUCGUUCUACCCCAACCAAGGUGGGUUGGGCGGCGUUGCCUCGGAGGAGCGGACGAGAGAGGAAUUGACGGGGAUACUGAGCAGUAGGAUGAGUGGCGGCAGCGCUGGGGGUUUCGAGGAGACCUUACCAGAAUAUCGGACGGUGUAUGGAGGAUGA